UUUUGGAUAAUGAAUACAUUCACUUGGUAAAUAUUUUGUGAGCACCCUGAUACCUGUUUCUCUCUUAUCCAAAAUUCCUGGGAUCAAAAGUGUUUAGGAUUUAGAGCUUUUUCAGACGUGGAAAUAGUUUCAUAUUUGUAAUGACCUAAGUCUAAACAUGAAAUUCAUUUAUGCUUCAUCUGCUGUUUAUCCACAUAGCCUGAAGGUAACGUUUUACAGUAUUUUAUGAUAAUUUUGUGCAUGAAACAACGUUUUGACUGUAGUUUGACUGCAAGUUGUCUGACGAGAUCAGCUGUGAGAUUUUACACUCGUACCCUUGUGUCAUGGCUCAGAAAGUUCCGGAUUCGGGAACGUUUUGGAUUUUCGUGUUAAGGAUGCUCAACCUGUAUUUGAAACACUGGGCUAAGUGCUGGAGAAGAUGCAGGCCUGUAGGGGGUGCUGUUCCUCCCUGGGGAAGCUGGUAGUCUUAAGGCGUGACUGAGUGUAUGAUGAAUGGAGCGAUGGCCGGGGCCGGGGGGUGCCCGUGGAGACAGGCAUGUAGGAGCUCGUCAGGAGAGGGUUUCAGGGAAGAUUCACACUCUUCCUCUAUUUUGUCAAACACUGUUUACCUGGGUGGACCCAGCUUCUUCUGAGUUAGUAUCUUCGGCUUUGGAACCCGGGAGUCUACAUUUUGUUGUUGUUGCUGUUGUUUUUAUUUUUAUUUAUUUAUUUUUAAAGACAGUCUCAAGCUGUCGGCCUGGGUAGAGUGCUGUGGUGUCACAACUCACAGCAACCUCAAACUCGGGACCAUUGAGCGAUUCUCUUGCCUCAGCUUCCCAGGUACCUGGGACUAUAGGCACCCACCACAAUGCCUGGCUAUUUUUUGUUGCAGUUGUCAUUGUUGUUUUAGCUGGCUCGGGCUGGGUUUGAACCUGUGUGCCUCAGUUUGUGUGGCCAGCACCCUACCCACUGAACUACAGGCACUGCCAGAGUCUACAUUUUUUAAAUGUAUUUACCGAGUCAUCUUUAAGAACACUCAAGUUUGAGUGCAGGUGACUUUGUCCAAGACUCCUAGCACCAAGUCCCCAUUCUUCAUUUUUUUUUGUCAUAUGCAGCCUCAAGAUCCUCUGUGAGGUGCCAUAGGCAAAGUGGCAUUUCCAGGCAGGGGGAGAGAGCACCCUAUUUGUUUCAAGGGUCUGACUUUUCCUGGGAAGCCACAUCUCCCCAGGACCACUGCUGUCUCACCCCUGUGCUGAAGGCCUCAGCCUGGAGCCUUUCUUGCCCUCCUGGACCUGGUUUGGACCAUUUCUCUCCCUGGACUUUGCUGCUUCCUUUUGAGCAAAUACUCAACUCUCUACCCUUAGCGUUGUUGCUUUACCCUCAAGGUCUGGGCUACAUCUGGGGAUCCUCUCCGCCUUGGUCCCCUCCUGCCAGUGCUCAAAGUGGGGUAGCACCCCAGGAAAGAAAGGAGAUGCCUAAGACAGACCCCAGAGCUGUUGACUUCAACUUCUUCCCCACCAGCAGGGUUCAAACUAGCUCAAGGGGACGCCCCAGUCUGCACUGCUGUUCCAGGGAAGUUGGUGGAUAGAUGGGUCAGUGAGGGGACAGUGCUGUCUGCAAGAAGCCUGUGGCUGUUUGAGUCUCAAAUUUCAGAUUUCAUCACAACAGCAGUACCCUGGUACCUCCCUCCCCGCUCCCCCCCCCAAAGCCCUGGCCAGCAACGUUCUGUGGCAGGAAACAUCUGCUGGGGAGGCCAGGCAAGGCUGAGGGUUACUGGAGGACGUUGGCCAGGACCAUCACCCAGAUCUUGUAACUUGAAGCAUGUGGUGUAGGGCUCCUGCCCUGCCCGCCCACCCGCCCUGCCCCCCUCCCUCCUGCCCCUGGUGACUCUAACAAAGAACUUGUUUGCUGCUCGGGCAAGAGGAGCACAGGCUGAGAAAAGGGGUGUGUGUCGGGCUGGGGGUGAGAGCAGGCCCUGCUGCUACAGCCACUGGCCGCCACUGUGCCUGGGUGAGGGCUGUGAGUCAUAGUGACCAGCCCCCGCCCAGGGGAGAGAUUGCACACUGAUUAAACGUGCCGCUGAUGGGCCAGACUACAUGUGGGGAGCUGAGCCGCUGAUUUCCUCCUGGAAGCUUCAGACCAACCAUGGGUGACUCUGCAGACUGUGAGUAACCAGCGGAGUGAGAGCCUGGACCCAGCUCUGAGUCAUCUACCUGCCAAGUUUGCCUACCUGCCCACCGCAGGCCCUGCCCUUCAGGACCCUCAGCUGGCCUAGCGCACCUGCCGUGCUGUCUGCGUCCUCUGGACUCUUGGGGUAACCGCAUUGACCAGGAGGAGGUGCUCAACCACACCCCCUCUGGGAUCCUCUCAGGCAGCAGAGAAGGACAGAGCGGACAGAGAGCCCAGCCAUGGGAGGCUGGCAGGUCAGCUUGGUCUGAGAGCCACACUGACCUCUUAUAUUGACUUCUUAUGUGGGGCUUUCACACUGGGGACUCCGCCAUAGGAGAGGAAAGGACAUCAGCGCCUCGCAGACCCUCUGCCGAGAAACCAGAGGUCGCCCAGCUGCUUCAGGACAGGCGAGGCUGAUUCGUUUCAUCCUGUGGGGACAGUUGGGAAUUAGAGCUCAAGGAGGUGGGCUUCAUUGAGAGGGGCAGCCUGGGCAGGCGAUGGAAUCUUUGACGGAGUCAGGGGUCCUCUGGAGCCUCCUGCUGGAGCAGGACAGCCAGGCACUGCGGAGUCACCUGACGAGGUUUACCGAUGUGCCCGCGGGUGCCGAACACUGUUGCUGGCAUGGAUCUGAGGAAAUCCCUGCCGUGUUAAGCCCCACUUACAAGCAGAGAAAUGAAGACUUCAGGAAGCUCUUUAAGCAACUUCCAGACACGGAGCGCCUCAUUGUGGAUUACUCAUGCGCACUCCAAAGAGACAUCCUCCUUCAGGGCCGACUCUACCUCUCUGAAAACUGGAUCUGCUUCUAUAGCAACAUCUUCCGCUGGGAAACUCUGCUGACAGUCCGUUUGAAAGACAUCUGCUCCAUGACAAAAGAAAAAACAGCUCGCCUCAUUCCUAACGCCAUCCAAGUUUGCACUGAUUCAGAAAAGCACUUUUUCACUUCCUUCGGGGCCCGGGAUCGAACGUACAUGAUGAUGUUUCGGCUCUGGCAGAACGCGCUCCUAGAAAAGCCUCUAUGUCCCAAGGAGCUCUGGCACUUUGUCCACCAGUGCUACGGGAACGAGUUGGGCCUCACCAGUGAUGACGAGGACUAUGUACCCCCUGAUGAUGACUUCAACACGAUGGGCUACUGUGAGGAGAUCCCUGUGGAAGAGAACGAAGUGAAUGACAGCUCUUCCAAAAGCAGCAUAGAGACCAAGCCGGACGCCAGCCCUCAGCUGCCCAAGAAAUCCAUCACCAACAGCACGCUGACGUCCACGGGCAGCAGCGAAGCCCCCGUCUCGUUCGACGGGCUGGCCCUGGAGGAGGAGGCACUGGAGGGAGAUGGGUCCCUGGAGAAGGAGCUGGCCAUCGACAGCAUCAUAGGGGAGAAGAUGGACAUCAUCGCUCCGGUGACCUCCCCCUCACUGGACUUCAACGACAACGAGGACAUCCCCACCGAGCUCAGUGACUCCUCUGACACCCAUGACGAAGGAGAAGUCCAGGCCUUCUAUGAGGACCUGAGCGGCCGGCAGUAUGUGAAUGAAGUCUUCAACUUCAGCGUGGACAAGCUGUACGACCUCCUUUUCACCAACUCACCCUUCCAGCGGGACUUCAUGGAGCAGCGACGCUUCUCUGAUAUCAUUUUCCAUCCUUGGAAAAAGGAAGAGAAUGGAAACCAGAGCCGAGUGAUUCUUUACACCAUCACCCUCACCAACCCUCUGGCUCCCAAAACUGCCACUGUCAGGGAGACCCAGACCAUGUACAAGGCCAGCCAGGAGAGUGAAUGUUACGUCAUUGACGCCGAGGUCCUCACGCACGACGUGCCGUAUCACGACUACUUCUACACCAUCAAUCGCUAUACUCUGACCCGCGUGGCUCGCAACAAGAGUCGACUCAGGAUCUCCACAGAGCUGCGCUAUCGGAAACAGCCCUGGGGGUUAGUGAAAGCCUUCAUCGAGAAGAACUUCUGGAGUGGGCUGGAGGACUACUUCCGCCAUCUAGAGAGUGAGUUGACCAAAAUGGAGAGCGCCUACCUGGCUGAGAUGCACAGACAGUCUCCCAAAGAGAAGGCCAGCAAGCCCCCGACGGUGCGGAGAAGGAAGCGUCCCCAUGCCCACCUGCGGGUCCCUCACCUGGAAGAGGUGAUGAGCCCUGUUACCACGCCCACUGAUGAAGAUGUGGGCCACAGGAUCAAGCACGUGGCAGGUUCCACGCAGACACGGCAUAUCCCCGAGGACAGCCCCAACGGUUUCCACCUGCAGAGCGUGUCCAAGCUGCUGCUGGUUAUCAGCUGUGUUCUGGUGCUGCUGGUCAUUCUUAACAUGAUGCUCUUCUAUAAACUCUGGAUGCUGGAAUAUACCACACAGACCCUCACUGCCUGGCAGGGUCUCAGGCUACAAGAAAGGUUACCCCAAUCUCAGACAGAAUGGGCCCAGCUUUUAGAGUCCCAACAAAAGUACCACGAUACUGAGCUACAAAAAUGGAGGGAGAUCAUCAAAUCCUCAGUGAUGCUCCUGGACCAGAUGAAGGACUCGCUCAUCAACCUCCAGAGCGGCAUCAGGUCCCGGGACUACACGUCCGAAAGUGACGAGAAGAGGAACCGCUAUCAUUGACCAGGCAGGAGCAGGGGUGGCUGCAAGAGGCCUGUGCAAUACAUGUACAUAGACCAUAUAAAUAUAUAUAAAUAGAUAUAUAUACAGAAUAUAAAUAUAUAUAUUAUAUACAGAUUUUAAACAGAUAAUGCUUAUGUACCAGGGAGAAGGAGCGGGACCUCCCGCCCCCUGUGCUGGCCGGAGCAGCGCUUUCCUUCUGUAGAGGGGCUGAGGAGGGCAGGGACCACCUCUCAGUGCCGACCUCCCCUGACCCUCCUCCCAUCCUCUGCUCCCCACCCCUUCCCUUGCUGGCCACUGUUGGCUCUUAGAAGGGAAAUGCUGAGCCAAAGCCAUGCCUACGAAGACCCUAGGGUCUGGAAAAGAAGUCUCACGGGGGCAUUGCUUAAGGUGCUUCAUUCCCUAAUCCCCUUUUGAUUUGUUUCCAAAAUAAAGGAGAAUCGUUUCUUCUCUACCCCAUACUUCCCCCGGCGUUCUCUUGGGAACAUGGAAGCACCAAGGGCAGGAGCCCCAUCUAAACUGGCCCGUAGGAGGCCACCCACUUGAUACGGACCAUACAGGAAGCGUCAGGUGGAGAGGACUGUCUGAAAGCUGGGAAGGCUGCGUUUGUGGGGUUGCAGGCUCCUGAGGACUCGCGCUCGGAAGGGGAUUCCCACCAAUCGCUCCUGCACCUUCCUCCGACCUGUGUGGGGUGUGGACCCAAUAAGGGCUGGGGAUUUCUGAUUUUCCCACCUCCUUUCUCUCUGGUCUUCCCCCAGGCUGGAUCUGGGGGAAGUGUCACUUUCUAGUGCCUAAAGUCCUCUUGUUUCUCUGUGCCUUAAGAGCACAUUGUUUAUUAGCCAGGGUGGAGCGUUUUCGACCUUGUUACACCUCUUUUAUUAGUGGUUAUAAGCCAGUCAGGUCUGUGGCUCUAACUCCUUCACUUGGAGCUGUCGUUUUGAUUUCUAGGAUUAGUUAGGGUGUCCUGGGCCAUCCAGGGUUUGAGAGAGGGAGGAUGCCCUAGCCACAUCGGAGUUGCAGGGUCUACCCACAGAAUGCUGUGUGAGAAGUGAGCCAAGGCACGCGCUGGGUUGCCAGUAGCACUUAGUUCUAAGUGUAGAGCCACCAUUAGCCAAUGGAGACAAUUAUCUGGGAUACUUUGCAUAUGGAGAAAACAUCUAAGCCAUUGGAGGGAAGGAUUUGGCCCAGGCGCAGAAGUCUGGGCAAAAAAAGCCCUGAUGAUAUAUCUGCCCCAGGGGAGCCAUUCUAAAUUCUGAGUUUCUCAGACUUGGGAGCGGGAGUUCUGGUGGAGAAAGGGGUGCAAAUCCUUCUCUGGUCUCUGGCCCCAGAGAAGUGUAAGAUCACAAAGGAAUAGAAAUUUCUGGGUUAGAAGAGGGAGCCAUCUGGAGCCGAAGGGUUGGCCCACUGGGACCAGUGCAUAGAUUUGAAUUCAUGGGCCCCUUCUGGGCACAUUCAUCCUUCUUCUCGGGCUAAUUUCUGUUUCUCCAUUUAAUGAGCAAAAGAGUCCUGCCAGCCCCAGGCAGAGCUCAUAGAGAUUCUUGAAUAGGAAAGAAUCACAGCCAGUUUGGCAGGGAGAGCUCUUCAGGAUUGCUUGCUCUCCUUCUGGCCUUCUCAUGUUAGAGACAGAGGGAACCCUGAACCCCAGAUAUCCCAGAGCAUCAGCACAAAGGGAGGAAAAUUUUAUCACUGUCCUACUUCAGUGACACAGUUGUUUUCUUUAAACAUUCUGGCACCUUUGGCAAUUAAAAAAAAAGAAAGUGUUUAAUUUUUUAGUGAGCCCAAGGCCUAGAUAUUUCCCUAGGAGCAGGAUCAGAAAAGAGGAGGGUCCAUGCCCAGGUCACUCCCCAAGGGAGAAGGAUAAGAAGGCUCCAGGUAGCCAGCUAAAGUUGCUAUCUGUCCCCCAGAGAAGGAGAUGCGAAGUUACAUUGCAUCCCCCCCGAAGGUCCCUGUAAAGUUCUUGUCAGGACGUGAGUGAGGGUCAAUGCUCUUGGGCCCUGAGCAUGGUACAGACUGCCAGAAAUUUCCCCUUGGGGUAGCUGAAAGUCAAAACUACUCCCAGAAACUCUUGAAUGAAAAUAAAUACAUAUAUAUUUUCUACUUUGAAACCAGGAGAAAAUUAACAAUUCAUCCCCAAACAAAAUCUUUUUCCCCUUUGUCAAUAACUUUCGAAAGAAAAGGGAACUCACGCUUGCAGUCUGGGAGUGAAACAAAUAGCACUGUAACUGCCGCGUGAGAAAGGGCAAACUACCACUGUUUACGUUACUUCCAGCCAGCGCUCUUGUUGUUAACACAGGAACUCUGAGACCACACAGGGGUCUUUCUGCGAGGAUUUAUGUGGCAGACCAUUUGAGAGUUUGCACUCAGUAAUUAAAGAAUUUGCAGAGUUUCUAACCAGGUGAAGAACAGGUGAAUGGGUCGGAACGUCUGCUCUGCUUACUGUGGAAGGGUGAUAAGGUCGGCCUCCAAGAAGCCCAUCAUGCCCACAGUGCGUGCCCUUCCCCACUCACCUCCCUGGGGCAUGGGGACAUCAUCUCAGGCCACCAAGAUCAGCAACUUGACGCUUUCUCUGAAAAGCACCGGACUGAGAGUUGUAAGACCUAGACCCUGCUGUUGACUAGUUUCGUGGGCCUUGGGCAGGUCACACCCCCCUCUGAGAGCUUCAGUAGCCUCCUGUAACAGGAGGUGGGGGUCACUAGGUUAACUUGAAGGUGGGUUCCAGUGUUGGUAUCAUGUUUGAGAUUAGGCCUGAGGCUGGCAAGACUGAGUUUCCUCAGAAUUGGAAGUUGCCCUGCCAGGAGGGAACACAUUUUCUGGGCUAGAGCUUCCUUGGUAUUUAGAGGUGUGGUACGCAUGUCUAAGAUCCUAGGAAAUCCAGGAUAGUGAAAAUGUCUAUAGGAUUAGAGAGGCCCAGUGUCAGAGAGAUUCAGUUUGAUGUAUUGCUCAGUAUUAACUUUGGGGGGGGGGAUCUUCCUUCUCUUGCCUACUCUUAGUUUGGGGAAGGGCCUUCCCUUGGGCUUUUUCUAAGCCAGGAAAAGAUCGUCUUAUCUUAGAGGGCACCCAUCUUUCAUCUCUAGGCGUUAUGAUGCCUUUCUUCUACCCAAACUUCCUCAGAUAGAGGAAGCAGUGGAGAGAAGCCAUGUCCAGUUCUAGCACUUCUCAGCCAGAACCCUGUUGGGGUUUGGACUAAGUAUGAAGCUUUGGCUAAAAUCCCUGGGUUGCCUUCGAGCCCUGACACUAAGAACCUAGGAGAUAAGGAGUGAGGAAGAACAGAGACCUUAGAGGAAGGCUUUGUUAGAAGUAGAUUGUCUCCAUGUCCCACGCAGACUAUGCCUGUUACGUUUGCAGCCAGCAGCUCUAGGAUGAGAACCUGGGUUAGGGACUAGGGGAAGAAUCUUUCUGGACUUUUAGUGGCUCCAGGAGGGUCCUUUCUGUGCCAUACUAUGCCACUUCUUAAGCUCUGUAGGACAGCCAAAGCCAACCCUUCCCUCCAAGGGUCCCCAGGCGAAGCAGCACUCUUCUCUCUUGCCCCAGAUGGCCCUGCACCCCAGGUACCCCCACUGCCUCUUCCAGUAGGUACCUGCAGGACCUCUCUUCCUGACCCUCCCCCCCCCCAGCUGUCUAGGCUAUGGGGUGAUCAUCCCAUUCCUCUGACAUCCUUGAACCCUCCUCCCCCAACCUCUAGCAGGCUGGCCCCACUCCCCUCCGCCUCUGUGUUUUCUUCUAGAAGAUGUGUUUUGGGUUGCAGAGGAGCAUUUUUCUGGGAAGGACGUCUUUUAAUGCCUGCUUUCCAAACGAGAAGCAGGAAUUUGCACAUGGUGUAGAGAGCUCUCCUUCCCACCUCUCUGCCCAGCCUCAUUACCUCAUUCCUGCUCUGGCCACCGCUGUGGUGAGCCCAGCCAGCUCCCGAUUUUGAUGUUCUGUGGGACAGGGCAAGGGUCUUGUGACUCAAGGUCCUCUGCAGGCCCUGGAGCCCGGAUCGGAGCCUUUGCUGCCGGUAAGAAGCACCUUGCCUGCCAAGAAGAGCUGCUACCCAACGAUCUCCCCAACAUGUGAAGGCUUAAAGAACACUGUCAUCUCUGCCCCUCAGCUGUCCUGGCUUCUGUCCACACAAUAAGACAUUGCAGAAGCAAAACGGCUGCCUCUGCUCCAGGGAGGACAGCUGGCUCUGUCUGGGGAGGUGGAGUGGGCUUGGGUGCCAUGUGCUGAGAUCACAUUGUGAAAGCAACCAUCUUUGCCGACAGCUGUGUGUGACUCCCCACAUUUCCCUGCUCUGCACUCUAGGGCCAGACCACUCUCUGCAUGGACCAGACCAUCUUCCCAAACCCAUGGUGCUUUUCCCCCCCACUCAACCUAGACUCCAAGGUGGGGAGGGACAAGUCAGAGGCCACAGGUGGCCCCUGGAUAAUCCUGACACAGGGUGGGGUGGGGCGGGGCAGGGCAGAAGGGAGCAGCCCCCAACACUGCACUGGGCCAUAUACCAGAAAGAACGGAUGGAUUGCAGUGGAGUUGUCUGGCCGUCUGUAUGUGGAUCUAUAACUGUACUUUGCCUGGCGCUGUGCGCAGGGUCUGAAAACUUACUGCUAGUACCUAGAAACACACAAGGCUACCCAGCCAAAUCUUAAUGUAAAGUAGCUAGAACCAUGGGAGUACAGUAUGAAUUAAAAGAAAAAAGUGUUGAACUACA